AUGUUAAAGGAACUCAUUGUUUUUGCGAGUUUGAUUUUUCUGAGUUAUGCUUGUUUGAUUACGAAUUGUCCUCGUGGCGGAAAGAGGAGUGAUGUAGCAUCUUCUUUGAGAACUGUUAUUCGAGAAUGUCCUUCAUGUGGUCCUAAUCAUCUGGGUCAAUGCUUUGGGCCUUAUAUUUGCUGUGGCCCUAGUAUCGGUUGCUUCAUAGGAACACCAGAAACAUUUCGAUGCAGAAAGGAAAGUUUAUACACCAGACCCUGCAUUGCUGGAUACGCAAUGUGUCGUGGAAAUACAGCAAGAUGCGCUUCAAACGGAAUUUGUUGCUCGCAAGCAUUCUGCCAUAUGGAUACAUCAUGCAAAAUUUCCGAUGUCGACAAUGAUCGAAAACUUGAUGAUAAUGUGAAUGUAAUACUCCCAGGCAACGAAGUCUCUAACGAAAUACUUCAAUAGUGUAACUAAUUUCAUAUUAAUCAUUGAUAUUUAAACAUUUUAAACUUUAUAAAAAUACAAUUAUGCAGUAUCGAUAAUGAAACAAAUAAAAAGAAUAUGAUAGAAUAAUAAAAAAUGCAAAUCUAUAAAUUAUGUAGCGUAAUUAUUUUUAGAACAAAAAACAUUUUUUGCUAUAUUCAAUAUAAUUUAAUAAUAUAUCAAGACACAUAAUAUAUGUAUUUCUCAUAAAAAAUAUAAAUUACUUAUUUAAUUAUAUAACAAAACAAUACAAACUUAAUACUGUGAUUAUAGUGACUAUAUGAAUGAAUUUUAUUUUGUAUUAUUAAUUAUUUUGAUACGGUAAAAAUUUAUCUAUAUGCAUAAAUAAUAUUAACUUUUUAUAAAAUUACUAUACCACACAUAAUAUAAGUAUAUUUUUGAAUUUAUUAUCAGUAUUUAUUGUAUCUCCAUCUUUACUUUCUUUGUAAAUAAAAUUUCAAAAUAUAAAAUAUGCAGUAAAAUAUUUCACAAAA